AUGGCCGAAAUAUUCGAAACCGGAAGUGCUGUGCUGGGUGUUGCAGCGGCCGCAUUCAACCUCUUCAAACUCAUAGUCGAAACUGCCGACGCCGCAAGGACGAUACGCAGUCAGCUCCACAAUGACGCUUUGCCCUUCCGAUCCUUCCGUGACUUGAUCCAUACAGCCGAAUACUCUAUCAAAUAUCGACUUCCGGCGGCUGGAGCGGAACUUGUCGGCUAUAUGCAUGAUCGUAAGAUCUUUCGGUGCAUAGAGGACGAUGCGAAAGCUUUGGAUGGUGAUAUCCUUGUGCAGAUGAAGAAGAUACAACUGUUGCAGCAAAAACACGCCAACAAGAACAGCAGCUAUCCCGCUCGGUUCUAUGCUGCAUGGAAAUGGGAGAAAAUCAGAAAACCCAAGCUGGAGGCCCUCCAUCCACGAAUGGAGCAGCUGAAGUCAACUAUUCAGUUGGUCUUGGCAAUCAUCCAGCUCGAGAUCAUGGCCCGCAAUGGAGAAGCCUCUAAAUCUCGUUCUCAGUCCCGUUCUGAGUCGCGUCGAAAGAAAGAAGAGAUAGACGCGCUGAGACAGCUUAUCAAAAACCACAUCGAAACCAUUGAGCAACUGCGGAAGGAAUUUCCUUCACGUACUCAGCCCAGGAGGAAGAAUGCCGAUGCAACGACGGAGAUAUGCUACCUUGCAAGCUGUGUACGCAACACGGGCAAAGCUCCUCCAAAGGGCUUGCCACCCCCUCCUUUGUCUGCCUCUAUCGAGGCUCUUACGGUCAGACCCAACUUUGGAACUUGGCCUAAGGGAGAAUUAUCACCCUCAACUUGCCCAAUGUGCUACCAAAGCACUGAAACUCUUGAAAAAGCCAUGUCCAGGUCACAGCUUGCUCCCGGAGAGAUGACGUCCCCGCCGCGGAUUACUCCCGGGGAAGCCAUGUCAUUGUCGAAGGAAGGCUCCAGACAGACACAGAGGCGACAUAGGUCCAGGAGGCCAUCUGGUAACUCAGGGACAUCCCAGUUUGGGGAAACUGUGCGAGAGCCUGGGCUGAGUAUUAGACCGGAGGCUUACCGGCCGCGAACCCCAAGACUGCAACAAGACACUCAGUCCGGACCAGCACCGGAUACGCCCCCAUAUACCGGCGGCACUGUGCCGGAACUGGAGCCCACCAAACCCGGCAUUAUCAUCGAGCCUGCCACACCUGCCCCGGGAGUAAAUCCUCUCUCAGCACAGCAAUCGGACGUACAGCCCAAGCCGAAGGAUGAACUGUACCUAGGGACAAACUCAAACUCCGGCCCAGAUCACCCACAUUCUCGAUCCCCAUCACCCAACACCCACAACAUUCCCAUAAUUGAUGGACCAGUGCCUCCGAAGUCUCGGAGCCCUUCACCUUAUUCAGCAUCGGAUAAUGACCUUGCGCCGGUACCAAGCCGAUCCGGCGAAACGCUCAGAGCCCCCAUACCAUGGAUAACUCUCUCAAGGUGCCCAACCGCCGAACGUCCUCCUCCCAUGAUCCUACCCGUCGAGAUUCUCGACUACCGGAAGCAAUGGCGCAGCCUACCAGUACGCCUAGACACUUCUUUGUACAUCGCCAACCUGCACGAUAAACGUGGUAAAGGGAGAGAGAUUCACUACUACGGAAUCAUCUCGCUGCGUACGCUGAUCGAUGAGCUGAUGUGGCCCGAAGAGACGCUGUUGGAGGAUCCGAAGUUCGUAAGGAUUCCUGAUGGGACGAGUUUCAAAUGGGAUUCGAAAUGCCAUGAAGGGAUUGGCAGAGUGACGCUGACUUGGAAAGUUAAUCGGUCGGAUGAUGAGUGGGAGAUUGGGGUCAUCCCAAAGAUGACGAGGGAAUGCAUUGUUUCGAGAGAAGAUCCAUGUGAGCAGGGUAUUGUGUUGAAAACAAUGCCGGCGGCUCAGAAUGUCUAG